AUGAUUUGCACCACGCCUGAUGCUGGCUCGGCCUCGGCAUGUAAAUUAUGCGAGACAAAGGCGGUAGACCCGAAUUUCCUGCUGUUUGUGCAAUUCGGCUCUGCGCUAAGUGCCAGUAAGCGGCAGAAGAUCGAACAAUACAUCAACGCCGUCAUAUACCCACGGCAGCAGCCCAGCUCGCGAAAACGCAGUCGGUAUGACUAUGACUACGACUACAGCUACGAUUCCGAGUACAGCGACUACAGCAACUACAAUAGACGGAAGCGCCAGCGCACAGCCAACGGAUAUAGACAGAUAGCGCAGAGCAAUGGCUCCUCGACGCUGGUGGUGUACGAUCAAAAUGCCGGGUUCACACUCGACACGACCACCGAUGUACUGGACACCCCUCUUGAUUAUACGCACGGUGUGACGUCGGUUCUCGGUGCCAGUGCCGGUGGGCUGGGAAACCCAUGCUUCAAUUGCUCGAUCCCAGGCCAUGAGCUGCGCGAUUGCCCAUGGCCGCUCGAUAACGACAGGAUUGAGGCUAGCCGGCUGGAAUUCAAAGACAAAAAGGGCAUCGGAGCAUUUGACAGCCGGCUUUAUUUGGCUGUGGAGGAAGGGAGGCGGCUUGAUGGGAUGCGGCAGCGGUUCAGGCCUGGCCAGAUGUCAGAGAGGCUGCGUGAGGCGCUGGGGCUGGGGGAGGACGAGGUUGCGUCAUUCGUUGUGAGCAUGCGGUACGCAGGAUACCCGCCUGCCUAUUUGGGGAGCUUUGAGGGCCAGGAUCCGAUGGAGGCGCGACCCAGAGAAGUGCCACCGCCGACUCCAGCCCUCAAGGUGUAUGACGGCAUCGAAGACCACUCGAGCGAGCUGGAUCAAGCGGCAGCAAUUAAGCUGCACGAUCCAGAUCAUAACUCGGCGACAGGCGGCGGCGAGAAAGAUGUAAUUACAGACGAUGAGGAAGAGGGAGCCAUUAGUGACGACGAGGAAGAGGGAGCCAUCGAUGAUGCAGACGACAGGACCCAGCCUUCAGUCCCACAGCCACCACGGAACAUCCCCCUGGUGCACUACCAAGGGCUAGAUCUCAGCAUGCUGGACUUUGACCACAUGGGCAAGCCCAAACCGCAGCGACAAUCGCAGAUGCCUGAUUAUUAUAACCACAACAAUGCCGGUUACCAGUACGGCGAGGACGACUGGAGCGGCAUGCUGAACAGCUACUACCGGCAGGCAGACAUAUACAAUCCCCAGCCACUGCAAUACUGGCAACAACCGAUGCCAUAUGGGCAGCCAAUUGCACAGCCGCCGCCCCCUCCUGCCGAUCUGCCGCCCCCUCCCCCGCCACCAGUGGAUCCCAGAGACCAGCCUGGGAUCUCUAGACUGGCAUCGGAAGAGCACCCACUGACGGGCAUCCCAACCCGAGAUCGGGCCACUCAGAACCAGCAGUCCACAACGGAGCAAGCGCCCAGUGACGGCGAGCUCGAGGACGGUGAAUGCGACAUGGACACCGACGACUGA